AUUUUGAAUUGCCUUCUUUAUGGGCUCAAACAUGAUAUUAUGUGAGAAUUUAUUUGUUUUUAAGGACACCAGCACUUUGGCAAUCCAUUCUUAUCGCUAUCGGACGUCUUCUUGUGAAGUUAUAUUAAAAAAGUGCUGUUUUUGAAUUUUGUUUUGAUCAUCAUUGAUUAAAAACUGAAGAUUUUUGAAAAAAACAAUGUGUAAAUGUCUACAGGAGGUAUAAAUAUUUUGUAGGAAAAUCACGGUAAAACAUACAAGAGCCUUCUAGAUGAAAAAAUUCGGUUCAACAAUUUUCAAGAAAACUUGCUGAAAAUAAAAAACCACAAUGAUAGAUUCGAAAAAGGAGAAGAAUCAUACUUUCUGAAAAUCACACCUAACGCAGAUUUAACAGAUGAAGAAUUCCGUCAAAUGCUUAUCCUAGGAGCGCAAAAAAUGCCUACUUUUGAAGGAUUUGGAAGUGAAUUGGACAUUCUCGAAAAUGUUAGCAGCACCCCAGACUCAGUCGACUGGAUUGCAAAGGGGGCAGUUUUGGGGGUGAAAAACCAGGGGGCUUGUGGAUCUUGUUGGGCCUUCAGCGCUACCGGUGCUCUGGAAGGCCAAAACGCCAUCAAGAACAAAAAACUCAUUGGUCUUAGUGAACAGCAGCUUCUGGACUGUUCUUCAAGCUACGGCAAUGGAGAUUGUCGAAGAGGAGGUGUCAUGUCGUUCGCCUUCAACUAUGUCAAGGACCAUGGCAUAGAAUCGGAAAAAGACUAUCCUUACAAGGCCCGAAAAAGUCAGUGCCGUGCUGUUGGAUCGAAAAGCGUGCUCAAAAUAAAGGGGUACAAGAGGGUAGCGAAGACCGAGAAUGAUUUGAUAAACGCUGUUGCGACCAUUGGCCCGAUUUCCGUCUCUCUCGAUGCCACCUACUUCCACCUCUACGGGGGCGGCAUUUUCGAUCACAAAUCCUGCUCCACAACCGCCCCCAAUCACGGGGUGCUUGUGGUGGGGUACGGCAGUCAGGGCGACAAGGACUUCUGGCUGAUCAAGAACUCCUGGGGCGGCUCGUGGGGGGAAAAGGGGUACAUCAGGAUGGUGAGGAACAAGGGGAAUCAUUGUGGGAUCGCCAAUGGGGCGGUCUAUCCUGUCCUGUGAUAAUUGAGCUUCAGUAUACGAAGACAAUCUAGCUAGGAAUUUUAUUUUCCAUAUUGUACUGUUUCUACUUUUUCUCUUUUAUCGAUUGACAAUUCCAAAAUAUGUAAACCUUGUAGAGGAAUAGAAAUAAAUAUU